AUGGGUUUUUUCCGCCAUUUGUUUUCACUUUCUCUUUGUGCCUUGUCACUGGCCAUUCCCUCUAAGUUAAUUGGUCUUGAGAACACCCAGGAUGUCAUCCCCAACUCCUACAUUGUUGUGAUGAAGAGUACCAUUUCAGAGGCCGAAUUUCAAACCCACCAGGCAUGGGCAUCCAAAAUACACCGCCGUAAUUUGGGCGAGCGAGAUGAAACGUUGGGCGGGCUGGAUGGUCUCAAAACAACCUUCGAGUUCGAGGGACUCAAGGGAUAUAGUGGCGCUUUCGACAAAAGGACGAUUGAAUUGAUCAGUAGAAAUCCAGCUGUCGACUAUGUUGAAGUAGACCGUGUGGUUAAACUAGAUGCCAUCACCACUCAACGCAACGCACCAUCCUGGGGACUUGGACGAAUCUCACAUAAGAGUGCUGGUAGCUCUGACUUUGUGUUCGAUGACAGCGCCGGGAGUGGUAUCACUAUCUAUGGUGUUGACACCGGCAUUGAUAUCAAGCAUCCUGAAUUUGGUGGCCGUGCAACCUGGGGAACUAACACCGUUGACAAUGAAGAUACGGACCAGAAUGGCCAUGGAACUCAUACUGCUGGAACAUUUGCAGGCGCAACAUAUGGAAUCGCUAAGAAAGCCAACGUCAUCGCUGUUAAGGUGCUUAACGCCCAGGGAACUGGGUCUACUAGUGGUGUUAUCCAAGGUAUCCAGUGGUGUACCGACCAUGCUGGUAGGAAUGGUUUGAAAGGCAAGGCAGCCAUGAACCUGAGUCUGGGUAUCCGUGGUUCGACUGUUUUCAAUCGCGUUGCAGAAGCAGCUCAACAGUCCGGUAUUUUUCUAGCUGUGGCGGCAGGGAAUGACGGGUUCUCUCCAGCAUCUGCUAGAGGUGUCUGCACUGCUGCUGCCACCAAUUCCCAAGAUGCGGCAACAUCCUGGUCCAACUAUGGAUCUGUUGUCGCAGUAUAUGGUCCCGGAGCCGAUAUAAUUUCAGCAUAUCCGAAUGAAGACACAGCAACUCUAUCCGGUACCUCGAUGGCGUCUCCUCACGUCUGUGGAGUUGGGGCAUAUUUGAUGGCACUGGAGGGAAUUGGACCUGAUAAGGUCUGUGACCGCAUCAAGGAACUUGCGGUGGAGAGCGUUACGAACCAAAAGCUCAACACAACCAGGAAAUUGCUCUAUAAUGGCAGCGGCGCCUAA